UCCAGUGCCUCUGGAUGGACAGGUGUGAAAACAGAAGAGGAUGGACUAGCUUUGGGGCCGUUUCCCCAGCAUCUCCCAGAAUCUCUGAACUCCACAUCGAAAGAUUUAGAAGAAAUGGUCAAGUUGGAAGCUGAGGAUUGUGUGGGAGAAAUCCCCAGCAGCUUCCCUGAGCAGGUCUUUGGUGAUAAAGUGAAAGAAGAAUCCUCUGUGGAAUUAGACAGUGGCUGCCAUCAGGGUACGCUGAGUAGUUCCAGAGAGAUGAGAAGACAAGCAGUCAUGCAGAGGGAGGAGCCUCAACCAGCUAAAUCCCUUCCUGUGUCCCAAGACUCAGCUGAUGAGGGGAGCACAAGUGGAGAUGCAAGCAAAGGAUGGCCAAAAAGCACUCCAUCCUGUAUGGAGCAGGAGACAGUGCUUAGCAGUCCUCCAGGGAAGCCUGAGGACUCAGCCAAUGCUGACGGUCAGUCUGUGGGGACCCCAGCUGGACCAGAUCCUGGAGGAGAGAAAGAUGGGCCUGAGGAUGAAGAGGAGGAGGAGUUUGAUGAGCUCACCCAAGAUGAAGAAGAUGAACUGUCAUCAGCUUCUGAGGAGUCUGUGCUUUCUGUCCCAGAGCUCCAG